UCCUGUAACGAAGACUUUAUCAAGUGAUUCUUUCCCUGACCUCUAACCAUACGUUUGGUUAGCAUUUACCCGUCCCAACUUGUUAAACAAGUUUCUGUUAAAUCUUCAAGUAUUCUUAACCUUAGACAGCUUACACAUCUUUGAGAGUAUCAAGGAUGCUAUUCAUUUGACAGGGAUCAGACAUUGAGCAGUGUGGAUGUGGAGAAGCUGGCCUUCCUCACAGUGGCGAUGUAUCAGCCAGGGAUCCUGGGAAGAAGAAAAUGUUCCUGGAAACCAUGGAUGGUUGCUCUUACUACCACAGCUGUUUUGUUGGCUUUGGCAGUAAUCACUGGUCUCCUUGUUUAUUUUUUGGUGUUUGAUCAGAAGAGUCAUUACUACCAGUCCUCUUUCUGGAUUCCCAGCAUUACAUAUAGCCCAGAUUUGUCCAUAGAACAGUCAAGACAUCGGACAAACCUGAAACAAAAACUCAUCAAUGAGAUAGAUGUGAUAUUUCAAAGAUCCAGUUUAAAGUAUUAUUAUGUCAAAUCUCACGUUGUCAACUUCAGGCCAAGUAAUGAUGGUUUGAAAGCAGACAUACUGCUUAAAUUUCAGUUUCCCCAUAACAAUGUGGGCACUUUGAAAAAACAAGCUGAUAGCAUUUUGAACAAGAAGCUGCAAUCCACCCAGAGUUCCUUGAAGAGAGACAUUUCACUACCGUAUCUUAGAGAAAUUAAUGCUGCACAAGCAGAAAAUAUUCUAAACAGCGAUUGUGGCCUGGGGAUGGAGUAUCCACCCACUGCAAGAAUUGCUGAUGGCAAACCUGCAGACAAAGCUUCCUGGCCAUGGCAAAGCAGCCUUCAGGUAGACGGAAUCCACCUCUGUGGUGCAUCUCUGAUUAGCUCACAGUGGCUCCUGACCUCUGCUCACUGCUUUGACACUUACAAAAACCCAAAACUGUGGACAGUCAGCUUUGGAACAACCCUAAGCCAUCCACUGAUGACAAGAAAGAUCGCAUCCAUCAUCAUUCAUGAGAACUAUGCAUCCCACAAACAUGACGAUGAUAUUGCUGUGGUUAAGCUCUCCAGCCCCGUCCUGUUUUCUGAAAACCUGCGCAGAGUGUGUCUCCCUGAUGCUACCUUUCAAGUUUCGCCAAAAAGUAAAGUGUUUGUCACUGGAUGGGGAGCCUUGAAAGCAAAUGGUCCUUUCCCCAAUUCUCUGCAAGAAGUUGAAAUAGAGAUCAUAAGCAAUGAUAUAUGUAACCAAGUUAAUGUAUAUGGUGGUGCCGUAUCAUCAGGAAUGAUAUGUGCUGGAUUCUUGACAGGAAAACUAGAUGCUUGUGAGGGUGAUUCUGGAGGGCCCCUGGUUAUUUCACAUGAUAGAAAUAUCUGGUAUCUUCUUGGAAUUGUUAGUUGGGGAAUUGACUGUGGAAAAGAAAACAAGCCCGGAAUCUACACCAGAGUGACUCAUUAUCGGAACUGGAUUAAAUCUAAAACUAACAUCUAAUGUAACAGCCAUCCCUUAUCCAAACUGGAAUGUCACACAUGGCCUCUGGCAAAUUAUAUCCUUUGUUCACUGCCAUGAACAUGGUCAUUUAGUUCAAGAUGCAAAUGAGCACAGAAUGGUAACCUUCUUAAAUUAGAAGGGGAUAGACUUUCUUUCCCACCAAACAUGAACACAAAGCAUGUUGUCUACUCCACAAAGAUUCACCAUCCCAUAAAGUGUCUGAUCUCCUAAUUCAUAUUUUUUUCAACUUACAGUAAUUGGGAGGUUGAGUAAAUAAUAACUGAGCAGCCAUCCUCUGAUCGUUUCCACACCCUUUUUUGGUGCCUCCCUAGUUUUUGUCUUUUCAUAGCAAAUCCUCAUUGGCAGUUUGUUGGUUCAUUGACUAGACUUAGGCAGUUUGCCUAAGUCAAUCCUGACAAAAUGAUGACAAAAGCAUCAGACAUGAAGCUAGGUCAUAGGGAUGGCAAUGAGCAUGUCCAUUCCCUUUCAUUUUCAGAUAUUCAUUUAAUCUUUCUCUGAAAUGUUGUAUUUAUAAACAAUUUAGCUGAUACAUAUUUUGAAGCAGUGAAUGAGUGCUUUUAUACUCAUAUAGGAGAAGAUUUAUAGAAACUAAUUCAUAUAAAGACCUUUCCAUACAUGGGAAUUAAAAGUGAUGUUUUUGACCCUUUCAUUAAUGAAAUGCAAAUGGGCAAGAGUCUACUAAGGUUACUCUCAGUUCCAUGUCUAAAAUGAGAGUAUAAAUUUAUUUUCCAAUUGUACCUUAUAUUAUCUUUAUUAGUUUUAUUUAA